GACGAGAGCGGUAGUACUGUGCCGUUCGUUUCUAUAUUAAGACCGCCUCCGCUCGGCCUCGGUUCACGAUGCGCGAGCGCACAACGAUAGACCACACAAUAAAAACCAAACGUAGUACAUAUUAUAUUUUUCUCCCGAACUCGAAAUUUGAAAACACUUGACAGAAUCAACGAUUCCAGACCUCUGAAAUGACUGUGAUGUAAAAAGUGAAAAUUUAAAAUUGGGAACCGGGAAAAGGUGCCAAAAUGAAGUUCACACUGGAUGUACUGGGGAUCUUCCUGAAAGUGGUGGUCAAGGUAAACAAAGUGACAUUCGCCCCCCUAGUGGUAUCGACGCUAUUUAUCCUCUUAACAUCUCUGCUCGCGCACUGCGCGCGAAGACUAGUGCAGAAGGUCAUCAAGGAACCUUUUAUAAAGCUACUUCUAGAAGAAUGUAUAGCCGCUGCAGAACUAUGCGGGUGCUGCUUUGAACUAAUUAUUGUUGCGGACAACUUCGGUGUCGGGACAUACGCGAUCUUCCUUUUCGCGCUCACGAUCUGGUGGUCGCUCAACUGGGGCGACGCCACUGCCUGUCCUUACACCCACAUCGAGGAUGUUAUUGAAGGCAAAGGCGACGUUCGCAAAGCAUUACUCAAGACAUGGGCUGAGCUGACCGGUGGUCUAUUGGUGUUCAAGUACGUGCAGAUGUACUGGGCCCUCGAGAUCUCCGACACACAUAAGGACAAAGCUUUCGAAGACUGCAAGGCUGAUUUGCAGGUGCCAGUGCUCUACGGCGCUGUCGUCGAAGGUGUGGCUACAUGCAUGUGUCGGCUAGCUUCGAAGGCGCUGGGAGACCUCAACCCCCGCUUCGCAACCGCCAUAGAUUCCUUCAUUGGAACCUCCUUGGUGGUGGCUGGGGUCCUCACUAGGCACAAGGUAUUCGUCUACCGAUAUCAGGACAAUAGUGCCAAUGCGGACCUAAGUGUGUCGAUCUUUUGCAAAGUCCAUUUAGGAAAAGCGUUUGACUACUCCGGGGGGUAUUUCAACCCAGUGCUCGCCACGUCGCUGAAAGCUGGCUGCGAGGGUCACACCAUGUUAGAGCAUGCAGUCGUUUACUGGAUAGGGGCAUGUGCAGGAUCCAUCCUGUCAGUUUAUAUGUACAAACUUCCAGUAGUCCAGAAAUUCAUUAAGGGCCCAAGCGAAGCUAACGGUGACAGCAUCUGGGCUGACAAGGAGGAUUAAUAUUUCUCAACGCUUUUUAAGAUUUUCUUACAUAUUCCACUUUCUUGUGUAGUCUAUUGAACUGUCUGAAAUUAGUUUUGAUAUCGAAAAAUUACCCAUUAAAAUCAUAAUUUGGAAUUUUGACUAAACAAAAUCUUAAGAUUCCCGAGGACUACAAAGAAUAUUAAAAUAAUAAUAAUGCUACAAAGUGAUACCUUAUUCUAGUCAAUUAUAAUAAUAAAAGCUUGUUCAACGAGAUCCAUAUAAAUAACUUUGUAUUCGAGUGAAAAUUCCUGGAGAGAGUCAUAGAAAAUAGUAAUGUAACUGUUUGUAACCAGUGUAACAUUCUAAUUCAUAAAAAAUAAGUUCAUUCAUUGUAUAUGUCGAAGAAACCUAAUUUUUAUCAUUUUUAUAUUUUUCUGUUGAAUCUUAUACCUACAUGUGUUCUAAAAAUAUAAUAAGUGCUACGUUCUCCCGUUGUAAAUAAAUAAAUUGUUUUAUUUAUUGAA